UGGAAUUUCAUCGCGCGAUUUUGCAGUGAAUCGAUGUUAAAAAUUCCUAAAUUUAGUGAAAAAUAAAAAUUUAAAACAUACUCAACAUUUUGCUACCAAGUUUUUAAGGAUCUCUGACCUUUAAGCGGAGUUGAACUACUUUGAAUUUUAGCCUGGUGACGAAGUAGUUUCAUCAAAAAUGAGCGCAAAUGCGCUGGGCGGCGUUGGAAAUCAGACGGCGCUUCCGAUUACGACGACAACUGUACCGCCCGCACAAGAAAACAUUGGUGAGACGGUGGAGCCACUGGAGCACAGUGAAUCGCAAAUUAGAAUCAAUGAACGAGUAGCACCAGCUACAAUAAGCAGCGCUAAAGCUAUUGGAGGUGGAAAAAAUGUUAAUGAACGCAAAACAACGUGUGCAGUAUCCUCCAACGUCGAAGAGAAACUGCGUAAUGAGACGGAUUCAAAGGUGACUGAGCUACUGGGUUCUGUAAUAAUGCAUAAUUGUCCAGGGACGCGUGCUAGUGCACGAGUCAUUCAAAAAAUGAAACAAGAUCAGACACGACCUUUAUCACCACCACCAAAUGAACGCGAUCAUCAGAAACGCGAUGAAAAAACAAUACACAAAACUCCGUCACAAUUGCGUAGUAAUAAGCCGACGUGGACAAAUUUAGAGCGUAAUCAUUUUUUCGAUGCUCUAAACGAGUUUGGCAAGGACUUCGAAGCUGUAGGCAAUUAUAUAAAUACAAAAUUAAAACGCAGAAGCUCUGCAGAUGGGGCUUUUAAAACGAAAGACCAAGUGCGUCAACACUACUAUCAAACCUAUCACAAGAUUUGCAAGUACAUAAAAUUCUCUGAUGAGGUUAAGAAGCCUGUCCAGGAGUUGUAUGCGCUUAUUAAUUAUGGUGAAAUGCGACGAAAACUUCAAUUUGUAAGCGAUAAGCAAUUUAUGAAAUUGCGAAAUCUUGUGUACCAAGGUCACAUAACUGUGCGUUACAAGGGUAAGAAUUUGCGCAUUAAAACACCAUCAUGUAAGGCACUGCGAAGGCUGAACCAAUUAGACGACUCCCUCGAGGAUAUUCGUCUACCAUCAAAAAUCGAAGUGAUUGUCAGCCCUGCUACCAUGGAAGCAUUCGGACGCGUUCAGACUGUCGCUCAAAACCCUCGUGUUCGCACCACUGUGCCACUUCAUAAGAAACUUGUCAAUUUUAUUAAAACCUUUCAAUUAAAAUGGAAAAGCGCCGAUCAAAAACUGGCAGAAGAAGAACUGAAAUUAUUUCCAUUACUUAGUGCUGCAGCAAACAUUACACAUUCAGCAGAGUGUAAUGGUGUGCAGUCAGCAGAUAACACUGAGAAAAUACCCGCCUUCCAAGAUCCUGAAAUGUGUUUUUUACCCAAACCAGGUGUUGCUAUACAUCGCCCAUUAUUGAGCAUAACGGAAUACCUUGGUAGUGGAAAUAUUUGUCUUACCGCUUAUGAGGAACGUAUGGGUGUUAAAGUGCGUGGUGAAACACUUUUUCAGGAAAGAGCUGCUAACAAACGGCCACGCACGGAAAGCGGAUCAGAAAAGCGAUCGCCUGAUUCGAAGAAAAAUAAGCAAAUAAGUAGUCCGCCAUAUGAGAAAGCUGAUUGUGAAGGACAUAUUGGUGAUGCAGCGGUUAAAGAAGAAAUUGGCAUAACGCCAGAUCAAGAGUUGGGCCCACAUAAAGGUGAAAGCAGCAGCGAUGAGUUGAGUGAUGAAUUGCAUGAGUUGUUGAAUGCCGAAAUGGAUGACAAUGCGCACAUCAAGGAGGGGCCUGAUAAUUCGCAAGAGGACUUAAAGUCAACCUUAACUGCAAGUGACACAGUAUACACGACAAAUUCAAAUCCCCACACUUCCAAUCACAAUCAACACACUACCGCCAAUCAGACGCGUAUGCGACGAAACGCUAAUACGCGCGGUGCUGGACGCACCAGUGCACCCAAUUUUAGGCCACUCAUCAGUGAGGGAGUUAUACGACGCAUACGAAAGGGCUGGACCGUUUCAACUGCGGCAGAUAUAACCAUCGGGGAUCUUUAUGUGGUUCUGGGGCAGGAUUCUAAGCUCGAACUGGAGUACUACUGGACAGAUAGGCAGCAACAAGCGCUACCGAUUGCGAACGGUGCUAGCACAAGUACUGCUGUGAAUAAUGCAAACACCAUAAAUGGCACCGGUGGCUGCAGCGUGGCACUAGUUGGAAGCAGUAGUCCAAACGCUGCGACUGUACUUGAUUCCAUGACGCAGUCGGAUACAAAACUUUUCAUGCAAAAGCAAAGUGGUAUGCCGUACAAUCCAAAUGAAUGCGAUGAUCAUGAACUGCUUAAAUCACUUUCUUCCGCUGGCGUUGCAAAUAAACUUAAGCAUCUGCUGUUGAUUGCCAAUUUGAGCGAAAGAAUGCGUAAACGACAGUGUUCCUGUGGACAUAUAUGUGAUCGUAAUGUAGCAAAAACAAGACUGGAGCGCAAUUUGGCUACAAAGACCUAUGUCUCCGCAAAAACGUUUUCCACCAAUAACCCCAACGAGACCAAUACCGUUUUUCGACAGCCAGUGGUGCCUAUACGACGUCCGCUAUUCAAUAUGGAUACUGUGAAACAGUUGAAUCCAAUGUCUCGCCAAAAACAAUCAAUGCGUCAAGUGCUGGUUCAACGUAUGCUGCUACCUGGUGGUAAUACUGGCAAUCAGACUUAUGAUCUUUUAAAUGUGAAAAAUUUCGAAAACCCUCGAAAAAUGUUUGAAAAUGUAUCAGACACGACACAAAGCGUGGUCGAAGAAUCUCAUGCGACCCAGCAAAAUGACUCGCAUAUGACCAGUGCAGUCAUGGAAACCACAGCAGCGCAUACAAUACAUUACAAUCAGACGCCAAUUAGUACUUCCGCGCCUUUUAAUACAUUUACAAAUCACUAUGACGGUGACGAUGCAACUAGUAAUGUGGAAGAGACGGGGCUGCUGGAGAAUAACCCCUCAACUUCCGCGGCUUAUGAAAUGACUGAUAUCACUGCAAACAACGUUGAUGUUGCUCACAUUUUUGAAUCUUCCGGACUGGAUAAUGCAGACAUGUCGCUUUCAUCCUCAUUUCCCGACAGCGCCUUUGAUGAAUGUACAAAUGCAAAUUCUUUCAACGGUAUGACACCCACUCAUUUGCUACGAGAAUCCACUUCGAAUUCCCGUUGGCUUGAAGACAAUCUUAAUGAUUUCUCCUUAACUAGUCUGCUCGGCCACUUGGACGAAAUCAAUACAAGUCGUGAUAUUUUGGACCCCUCGUCGAAUUUAUCGGUCAUCAGCGAGAGCAGCGUCGAUUAUAUGCAUAAGUUUCAAGAGAUUACUGCCUUAAUGCAGAGCCAGGAUAAAGAUUAAAAACUUUAAAAUGAAUUUAAGGUCUGUAGUUCGUUAGCGGGUGUUCCAGACUAUUCGCAGUUUGUACGGAUCUGACCAAACUAAAUAGAUAUUAGGUAGUUAUAGCUCCAACACCAAUAGAUUGUAAGCACUAACUUAUUAUUAUUAUUUUUUUUGUUUUUACCUUUAUUAUUUAAUUUUGUUUAAGCAGCGAUAAAUAAGUUUGAAGCAUACACACCCUAAUACACACAUGCAUGCAUAUAUUAGCACGUAUUUAUACACAUACAUCUCUAUACAUAUAUAUAGUUAUGAACAUGCUCAUUUAGAGACACGAGUCUAGAAAUUAUUUUCCUUCAUAUAAAAAUUUUUACAAAUCAAAUUAAAAAAAAAAAAAUUAGAAAUAACUAUUAAUUUGUGCUUUAAUCGCUUUACUCAAAAUGAUUUAUUUAUUUUUCUAAAUUGCAAGCUGUUUGUUAUCUAGUAACAUAACUUACAAUUUUCCUCAUACAAAAUAGUAUACCAUAACAUACUUGUAAUUUGUAAGCCAACAUUGUGAUUUUCGCAUUGUGAUUUUCGCUGCAGCUACACUCAAUGGUUUAUAUAUGCAUAACUGUAUCGAUAAUUUUAAGUACAUAUUUGCUUGAAUUGAGGAACUCUGUGAUUCCUUUUGUUUUGCAUUCUUUGUUGUACAUUUGCGUUUUGCAGGUACCUAAUUCGGAGUAUAUUGAUUUGCAAGGGUAGAGAUUGGCAGAUGUUUCAAGUAUUUAAGGAUUAACUCAUGUUUUGUAUUCAUUUUCGCAAAUACACGCAAACAUUCAUAGUUCGUUUUAAGUAGAGUUGGCUUCCAGGUUGUAGAAAAAAAUAUUACGUUUAAUGUAAAAAGUAACGAAAAGGAACUACAUCAAACUAAACUAAAUAAAAUAUUUCUAAGUUAAAAGUUUUAGAAGUUUGUUAAUUAGUUUGCUAUUCCCCUGUUCGGUUUGUGGAUAAUAUUCCUUAGCGAUAUUUAAGUGUAACACAUGUACGCAUUGAAAUGUAUUAUUCGAGAAUGUAUUAUUGAGAUCUAUAUAAAUUAUUAAUUAUACAUACAUACUAUUCGUUCUUUACUAAGUUGACUACAAAAUAGUUAUAGAUAAGCACUCAUCCUAUGAAGCAAUUAGUCGUUAAGUUGAAACUUUAAAAUGGCCAUGACGAACGCGUGGCAGGUGGUGAACACGAUAACCAACUAAACUCAAAUAUAUGUACAUAUAUGAAAUGAAAAAAAAAAAAAAAUAUUUUUAAUAAUCCCAUAAAA